UCAAUGGAGGUUACAAACAAGUACGUAGCCAUAAAGGCUCAAGUAGACGGUGCACCAGAAGAGAGUGAUUUCGAGUUCAAGACUGAACUGAUUUCCCUGACGGUUAAACCCGGAUCCAAAGACAUCAUCAUCAAGAAUCUUUAUGUAUCCAUCGACCCGUAUCAGGUUAACCGGAUGAAGACGCUCAGCGACAGCCAAAAGACUUCGGAAUUUGCCGUGGGCAUUAAGCCCGGUGAGGUGAUUGAUGCUUAUGGUGUGGGGAAAGUUGUAGCUUCUGGGAAUCAAGAAUUUGAAAAGGGUGAUUAUGUUGUGGGGCUUAUAAGUUGGGGAGAGUAUAGCAUAUCAAAAGGGGUGAUCCUAAGCAAAUUGGACCCAAUGGGCUUACCAUUGUCAUACCAUGUUGGGCUUUUAGGGCUUAGUGGGCUGACUGCUUAUGCUGGGCUCUUUGAAAUAUGUAAGCCCAAAAAGGGUGAAAAAGUAUUUGUCUCUGCUGCUUCUGGAUCUGUAGGAAAUUUGGUGGGCCAAUAUGCUAAACUGUUUGGGUGUUAUGUUGUGGGCUGUGCUGGAAGCCCAAAAAAGGUGAAAUUGCUUAAAGAAAAGCUCGGUUUUGAUGAAGCGUUUAACUACAAGGAAGAAACCGAUCUAAAUUUAGCUCUCCAGAGGUAUUUCCCUGAAGGGAUCGAUAUAUACUUCGAUAAUGUGGGAGCCGGGAUGUUGGAGGCAGCGAUCUUGAACAUGAACUUGAAGGGUAGGGUUGCAGUUUGUGGUGUCAUUUCGGAGUACACAGACACUGGAAAACGUGCAGCACCCGAUAUGUUGAAUAUCAUAUACAAGAGAAUCAGUAUCCAAGGAUUCUUAGCUGGUGAUUACAUGAGUUUGUUUCCCGAGUUUGCUUCCAUGACCAUUGAUCACGUUCGGACAGGCAAAAUGCACGUGCUUGAGGAUGUCUCAAUAGGCUUGGAAACGGUUCCUUCAGCUUUUGUCGGACUCUUUCAUGGGUAUAAUGUCGGGAAAAGGAUAGUUCAAGUUUCCGAGGAUUAA